AUGAACCAUCAACGUAAUCCUGCGCACAACAUUCCAGCUUCUUCGUGUGAUAUAAAUUCAUAUACAAAGGCCCAUUACGCCCAUUCACACCCAGCAGGACCAGUUACUGUGGGCAGUCAGCCGCAGCCCCAACCACCCGCAGCCCCAACCACCCGCAGCCCCAACCACCCGCAGCACCAACCACCCGCAGCCCCAACCAGCCGCAGCCCCAACCACCCGCAGCCCCAACCACCCGCAGCCCCAACCAGCCGCAGCACCCGCAGCCCAACCACCCGCAGCCCCAACCAGCCGCAGCCCCAACCACCCGCAGCCCCAACCAGCCGCAGCCCCAACCACCCGCAGCCCCAACCAGCCGCAGCCCCUGGCCAAGUGCCAAGCAAAUGGUACAACUUUAGCGAGAGUUACACAGAGAGAGACAUGACCGGCCUUGUCCAGGUGCUAACACACGAGCAACGGCUCACAACUGCACGCCAAGACCCACAAUAUACGCAAAUCUUUAUAGAGGCAGGCGGAGGGUAA